GUUUUUUCAAUCCCGUCAAGUCCUACACAAAAGACUUUUUUGAAAGCACUGGAAAUGUGGUAGCAAAUAUUCUGUCGUUUCCCAUUACAUCCUUUUUGGUACCAGUGUAGGUUUUCUUUUCCAUUUCUAAAUUUUUUUCUGUUUAUAUUGAUUGACUGGGUGUUUGGUACAUUUAAAACCCAUUGUUUCAUUUCGUCUGUUUAGCGUCUUAACCUUUAAAAACCGUUUGUUUCUGUUUUAGGUGGGUAUCGUAUCGUGUUUCAUUGAAAUGACAGACUUCAUUGCAAGAGAUUACCAGUCGCAGGGAGAUGUCGUGCAUCAGAUGCUGCCGACCUUUUUAGUAGGCAAGAUUUUGCGAGAACGCAUAGUGGAAUGCUUUUACUGGAAGGAACAGUGUUUUGGUUUAAAUGCUGCUUCGUUGAUUGAUCGCGCUGUACGCCUCGAGUAUGUCGGAGGACAAUACGGGAAUCAGCAUCCUACCGAGUUUAUUUGUUUGCUUUAUAAAUUGUUACAAGUAGCUCCAGAAAAAGAGAUUGUAAUGCAGUACCUUGCCGUUCCCGAAUUCAAGUAUAUACGAGCUUUAGCAGCUUUUUACAUUCGUCUCACCUGGUCGGAUCCAGAAGUGUAUCAAGCUUUAGAGCCUCUUAUGAAAGACUAUCGAAAACUGCGAAUUAGAGAUCACAAUGGAUUUUACGUUUCUCAUAUGGAUGAAUUUAUUGAUGCUUUGUUCAAUGAAGAAACCGUCUGUGACAUUACUCUCCCGCCUUUGAUGAGUCGCUACCAACUUGAAGAACUCGAUCAACUCGAUCCCUUGCCUUCUUCUUCCGAAAGUGAAUUAGAAGAUGAUGAACCAAAAGAAAUUCCUGCCUAAGAUAUACACACUACGCUCCAAGUUGCUCACUUGGAGUUUUUGCAUUGCAACAAAACCAAACGAAAUACUAUCAACUAUUGAAUUUUAUUUCUUUGAUUACCAUAUGAAAUUCAUUCCCCUAUGCAGUCUUUCUAUUGAUUCACUAUUAAAAAAUUUAUGUCUUUAAACAUGAAUUACUAUUGAAUGAGUUUCGGGUCUAAAGGUUUACGAUGUCCUAAAGAACAUUCUUACAUUUCUUUAUUGUUUAUAUAACGAAGUUGGUCAUUUUCGUUAGCGAAUUGAACGAGUCGAACCAUUUUCCAUCGGUAAAUUGUUUUCUCGUUACACCUCAAGUCAGUCCACUUUGAUCUUCAGAUUUAAUAAAAGCAUUGUCUCCGGCAUUGUACCUCUUGUCAUA